AUGGGUCGUCUUCACAGCAAGGGCAAGGGCAUUUCUGCCUCUGCCAUCCCCUACUCUCGCACCGCUCCCGCCUGGUUGAAGACCACUCCGGAUCAGGUUGUCGACCACAUCUGCAAGAUGGCCAAGAAGGGUGCCACUCCAUCUCAGAUCGGUGUUGUCCUCCGUGAUAGCCACGGCAUUGCCCAAGUCAAGGUUGUUACUGGAAACAAGAUCCUCCGCAUCCUCAAGUCCAACGGCCUCGCCCCUGAAAUCCCAGAGGACCUUUACAUGUUGAUCAGAAAGGCCGUUGCUGUCCGCAAGCACCUUGAGCGCAACCGCAAGGACAAGGACAGCAAGUUCCGUCUUAUUUUGAUUGAGUCCCGUAUCCACCGUCUCUCUCGUUACUACAAGUCUGUUGGUGUCCUCCCACCAACCUGGAGAUACGAGAGUGCCACUGCCAGCACCAUGGUCGCAUAA